AAGCCUAUAGCAUUUCACUUUCCCACUUGCGCUGUUUGAAUUUUUUUUUUUUUCAGAGUCUAGUCCCCCACUAUCACCAAAUUCGCUUUUUCUAUUCAAAUGGACCGCAUUCCAGAGCAUCGCCGCAACGCAUACAAGACAAAGGGUGCUUUUGCGGCGGAGGAGCUUCGUCGCCGUCGCGAGGAGCAAACCGUCGAAAUUCGCCGGCAGAAGCGCGAGGAGUCGCUUGCCAAAAAGCGCAACUUUAACCUGCCGAAUGACAACCUGUCCGACAGCGAGGACGAGGAGGGCCUGGGCUCUAACCAGGAGCUGCUGCAGGAACAGUUCCCCGCCAUGAUUUCUGGACUGUACGCCGAGAGCCUGGACGACCAGCUGACGGCGGUGACGCGGUUCCGCAAGCUCCUGUCCAAGGAGCACAAGCCGCCAAUUGAGGAGGUUAUCUCGUGCGGAGUCGUACCGCGCUUCGUCGAGCUCCUGCGGUCGACGCACUCGGUUAUUCAGUUUGAGGCCAGCUGGGCCCUGACCAACAUUGCGUCGGGCUCGUCGCAGCAGACACAGGUUGUCAUUGAUGCGCAGGCCGUGCCUCUGUUCAUCCAGCUGCUCAGCAACGAGAACCUGGAUGUGCGCGAGCAGGCGGUGUGGGCGCUGGGUAACAUUGCUGGCGACAGCCCGCGGUGCCGCGACUUUGUGCUGUCUGAGGGCGCGCUCCAGCCGCUGAUCCAGCUGCUUAACGAGAACCACAAGCUGUCGAUGCUGCGCAAUGCGACCUGGACGCUGUCGAACUUUUGCCGUGGCAAGAACCCGCAGCCCGACUGGGAGACAAUCAAGCCUGCGCUGCCGGUGCUGAGCAAGCUCGUCUACUCGGUAGACGAUGAUAUCCUGAUGGACGCCUGCUGGGCAGUGUCAUACCUGUCGGACGGACAGAACGACAAGAUCCAGGCGGUGAUUGAGUCUGGCAUGUGCCGCCGGCUGGUUGAGCUGCUGAUGCACCCGAUGACGACUGUGCAGACGCCUGCCCUGCGUUCGAUCGGCAACAUUGUUACUGGUGACGAUAUGCAGACGCAGGUCGUGCUGAACUGCGGUGCCCUGCCGGCGCUGCUGUCGCUGCUGAACUCGCCCAAGGACGGCAUUCGCAAGGAGGCGUGCUGGACGAUUUCCAACAUCACCGCGGGCAACACCACGCAGAUCCAGGCGGUCAUUGACGCAAACAUCUUCCCGCCGCUGCUGCACGUGCUGCAGAACGGCGACUUCAAGAGCAAGAAGGAGGCGUGCUGGGCCGUGUCGAACGCGACCUCGGGCGGGUUGAACCAGCCGGACCAGAUCCGCUACAUUGUGCAGCAGGGGUGCAUCAAGCCGCUGUGCGAUCUGCUGAACUGCAUGGACAACAAAAUCAUCCAGGUUGCCUUGGACGGCCUGGAGAACAUCCUGAAGGUGGGCGAGGCAGACCGCGAGAAGAACGCGUCGCACAUGAAUGAGUUUGCGCUGUACGUCGAGGAGGCUGGUGGCAUGGAGAAGAUCCACAACCUGCAGCUGCACGACAACAUCGAGAUCUACAAGAAGGCGUACAACAUCAUCGACAAGUACUUUGCCGAGGAAGGCGAGGACGAGGAGGACAGCGAGUUGAUGCCAGGCGUCGACGAGCAGACUGGCCAGUUCAACUUUGAGGGCAACGUCGCGGUGCCCGAGGGCGGCUUCAACUUUGGCAACCAGUAAGCAAAAAUGCCACUCCAGGAAGG